CCGUGCUAUAGCAUUCGCUUUCGCUGAACGUGCCUGCACGUGCAUUACUCACACAUCACAAAUAUAUACUCACAACCGCAUCAGCUGACUUACUUACGCACUGCUACUCUUUGAUGUAGCCAGUCGGCUUUCCUGCUUCUUCGCGAGCGCUUUAAAUGUGUUUGAUAAUAUCUGUGGCAAAUAAGUAAUCAGAACAAUGCAUUUGCUAAAGGAAAUUAUUAUUUUGAUGCUGGGCAUUCAGAUGAUUUCCUCUCAAUCAGAAAGUCUUCCAGGAUUUUUAGGAGGAAUUGAAAAUGUCGCCAACAGUGCAAAUAAUUUUCUGUCGGGAUUUAUGCGACGACAGAAAGAAUUGAUACAUCGCGUUACGGACACAGCCUCUAAUUACAUUACCACUGCGGUGGAAACGCCUAAGAAUCUCAUCAUCAACGCGACUAAACUCACUACCGGCUACAUUGACAGCGCUGCCUCGAAAGGUCUGGAAUUCAAAAUUCGAAGGAUUAUAGAGCAAAUUCGUGGUAGAAUGCCAUACGGAAUACCAGAACUUGGAAUUCCAUCUUUGGAACCGUAUCAUCUUGACGAACUGUACAUCAACUUCGACAAUUCGGAUAUAGGAAACAUAUCCAUUGUUCUGGAAAAUCUCUCGUUAUACAACUUAUCAACUUUCGUAGUCAAUAAGGCGAAACUAUCUUUGAUUGGGCCAAUAUUUGCGGCAAAUAUUUCUGUGCCGGAAAUACAUAUCGAGGGUUUUUACAAUAUAACCGGAGACAUCGGAAAUACAGUCGAUUUGCAAGGUGCAGGAUCUUUUAAAGCAAAUGUAUAUGAUUUCCAACUGUAUGUGAGCAGUUUAUUGGGAUUCAGAAAAGGAGUGUACUUGAAAACUUUCUAUAUGGAUUUUUCGUUGAGAUCCAUCGAUAUCGAUUUAGGGAACUUUAUGGAUGAUGAUGAACUGACCGACGUUAUGAACAAGGUCGUUCGGGAGUUAACGCCAAAGGUAAUAGAAUUUAUUAAGCCAGAUAUACUUCCGGGUAUCCAGAGUUACGUAGGUAAUAAAAUUAACGAGACCAUUCAACAAAUUACCCUAAAGGACGUGAUGAGUGUGCUUGGCAAUAAUGAAAUUCGAGAAUUUACACACCUUAUACCGUUUUAAAAUUAAAUACUCGUAAAGAGGUCCAUUGUCCUUAUAAAAUGUUAUAAAAAUAAUACCAACCAUAUUUAACUACAAACAUAGAUGCUUAACAAAAAAAAAACUUUCAACGUUUUAUAGAAUUUUUUAAUCUGAAGUCGUUUGUUCGAUUUUUUUUGCCUUUAAAAGAUCUUAUAAUUAAUAAAAUGAUUUGUUGAAUCAAAUUUUUAUUGGAGAAUUUAUCAAUAGUUUCAUUUUUGAAAAAUAACGUUAGAAUGUAGUUACAAUUUAGUAAUUAUAAAUAUCAUAAAGUAGUUUCUUGCUUAAUUAUAAAUAUCAUAAAGUAGUUUCUUGAAGAAAUGAUUUUGGUAUAAGGACAGUUGAAGUAUUUGAUACCUUUUUAUAUAUCCUUUCUAGAAUGAAUCCUUUCUUUAUUUCUAUAAUUUUGGGAAUAUAUGUAAGUGGUAAGUAGAUUAGUAAUUUUAGUUUUGUAGUUGUGGAUAUUUAUGUAAAUUCUCUAGUAGUACGGUUUCAAUGUUAUUUUAAGUAUUGUAGAACUUUGAAGUGUAUUUUGCUGUAGCUUGGAAAAUAUAUAAAUUCGUAUUAUCUA